AAUUCGACCAUAUUAGAUUAUCGGAUGCAUAUGGAAUAAUCGGACCAUUGUUGUGCAAUAAAAGGGCGCCGUAUUCAAUUAACUCUAGAGAUAACUGGAUGCUUGUGGAAUUGUACACUGAUGGAGAGUUAACGAGACAAGGGUUUUAUGCAUCAUAUGAGGCUACAGACAAAAAUGAGAUAUUGUCCGAGACUACGAUUCCUCAAGCGAACACAGAUGCUCCCAAUCCGCCAUUAGAUCUUACUUUGAUUACGUGUGAAGGGACAUCCGACACUGUAUAUUUGGAUGGUCUUUCUGGUGACUUUACAUCGCCAGGGUACAUGCCUAAUGAUCCAGACGCUACGUAUCCAAACUCUGUUGACUGUAGUUUUUUCAUAAAUGCUACUGAAGGAAUGGUUAUUGAAUUAACGUUUGUUGUGUUUAAAUUGGAAAGACCUGGACUUAAAGGAACUUGCAAGUACGACUACGUUAGAAUAAGAGAUGGUGGUGAAUCGAUUAAAAUAUGUAAUAUACAUAGAUUCUAUACUCGAAGAUCUAAAGGCAAUUGGUUAUAUAUUGAUUUCAAAAGUGAUGGCAUUAACCUUGAGAGAGGUUUCCAUGCAUCAUACACUACAGUUCCUAAAGAGGAUCCUGAGUGUGGUCACCCAUUAUAUUUAAACAGUAGUCAUGGAGAU